AUGUCGGUUGUCACAUCUUCGAUAGUCGCUUCCGCGACGUUGGAUCCAUAUAAUCUCGGUUUGUCACCACAACUCGAAGCCUAUCGCUCGGGGGUAAGAGAACAAUUCGGAUCGACCGUAACACCACUCAACGUCGCUCUUCUUGUCGUCCUCCUCACAUUCACCUACUACCGCCUGAUACGUCCAUACAACGCAGCAUCUCAAACCCUACACGUCAACAAAGAUCAGCCUAUAGUCUUCCAGACUUUCACACCACGAACCCUACUGAAGUUCAACGGUCUGCCAAAUCCUCCAUUGAACCCUGAUGGAAAAGUGUAUCUGGCAGUGAAAGGAAAAGUACACGAUGUCACUUCUGGCAGGAACUUUUACGGCCCGGGUGGUCCAUAUGAAAAUUUCGCAGGACGAGAUGCGACGAGGGGACUGGCAUGUCAGAGUUUCGAUGAAGAUAUGUUGACCAAGAACCUUGAUGGACCACUAGACGACUGCUCAGACCUCGGUGCGGACCAACUGGAGAAUCUGCAGGGGUGGGUUGAGAGGUUCGAUGAGAAGUACCUGGUUGUGGGCAAAUUGGUUGCGUACAACAAGAACCAAGUGCAUGGCAUGUGA